AUCUGCUGUGGCUCCACACUUCUUUUGCCUUCAUGUAUCUGCUCCUGACCGUCUACAGCAUGAGGAGACACACGUCCAAGAUGCACUACAAGGAGGACGACCUGGUGAAACGCACUUUAUUCAUUAACGGCAUCUCUAAAUACGCUGAGGAGAGUCAGAUCAAACAGCACUUUGAACAGGCGUAUGAGAACUGCACCGUGCUGGAGGCUCGGAUCUGCUACAACGUGGCCAAACUGAUGUCUCUGAAUGCAGAGAGGAAGAAGACGGAGCGCAGUAAGAAGUUCUUCACCGACCUGAUGGCGAAGGAACACGUUCCCACCAUGAUCAACCCCAAACCCUGUGGACACCUCUGCUGCUGCGCCAUCACCGGCUGCGAGGAGGAGGAGGCGGUGAGCUUCUACACGAAGAGAGAGUCCAAACUGAAGGAGGAGUACAGGAAGGAGAAGGAGAAGGUCCACACCAAACCGCUGGGCAUGGCCUUCGUCACCUUCCAGAACGAGUCCAUGACCGCCAUUAUUUUGAAAGAUUUUAACGCCUGUCAAGUUCAGGGUUGUCGGUGUCGACAGGAGCCACGUUCCUCUCAGUUCAGUGACGCUCUUCAUGUUCACAACUGGAGCGUUUCAUACGCACCUGACCCGCAGAACGUCCGCUGGGAGCAUCUGUCGCUGGGUGGCAUCUCCUGGUGGAUCCGCUGCUUCAUCAUCAACUGCAUCCUCUUCCUCCUGCUCUUCUUCCUCACCACACCUGCCAUCAUCAUCUCCACAAUGGACAAGUUCAACGUCACCAAGCCCGUCGAGUAUCUAAACAAUCCCAUCGUCACUCAGUUCUUCCCGACUCUGCUUCUCUGGGCGUUCUCUGCUCUGCUGCCGACCAUCGUCUAUUACUCUGCCUUCUUCGAGGCUCACUGGACCAGGUCUGGUGAAAACAGGACAACGAUGCACAAAUGUUACACCUUCCUGAUCUUCAUGGUGCUGCUGCUUCCGUCUCUUGGACUCAGCAGUCUGGAUGUUUUCUUCCGUUGGCUCUUCGAUAGAAAGUUUCUGGCUGAUGCUAAAGUCAGAUUUGAGUGCGUCUUCCUGCCUGAUAACGGAGCUUUCUUCGUCAAUUAUGUCAUCGCCUCUGCGUUCAUUGGAAACGCCAUGGACCUGUUGAGGAUCCCGGGUCUGCUCAUGUACAUGAUUCGGCUGUGCCUGGCUCGCUCCGCCGCCGACCGCCGCAACGUCAAGAGGCACCAGGCCUAUGAGUUCCAGUUUGGAGCAGCAUACGCCUGGAUGAUGAACGUCUUCACGGUGGUGAUGGCCUACAGCAUCACCUGCCCCAUCAUCGUCCCCUUUGGUCAGAGUCAACACGACACAGCAUCACACAGUCUACAGCAGUAUAUGUAUCACAGUGUCAGUACUACAAUACUGUCGAAGUACUGAAGUACUGAUACGAGUAACUAGAACAAUAAAACUUCAUUCACAUCAUAUCAGAAUCUAAAAC